CAAAAAGUGUCCAAAAGAAAAAGGAUAACCUCUCAGACCGCUCUAUGUUCCCCAUAAUAUCUUCUACUUUCAAGCAUAUAUAUUAUCUUGAUCUUCUUUCUCUGCUUCCAUUCAUUUCUCUUCUUAGUACUAUUCUUCUUCCAGUUUCUCAACUUAGAAUGGCGGGAAAAGACGAAGCUGCAGGUCAUGCAAUCGGGAUCGACCUGGGGACAACCUACUCGUGUGUGGCGGUGUGGCGGUAUGAUCAUGUAGAAAUCAUAGUGAACGAUCAGGGCAACAGGACGACUCCAUCUUAUGUUGCUUUCACCAAUACUGAGCGAUUGAUAGGUGAUGGUGCAUUCAACCAGGUCAUAAAAAACCCAACCAACACCAUCUUCGACGCGAAAAGGAUAAUCGGUAGGAGGUUCACAGAUGAAUGUGUUCAAAACGAUAUAAAGCAUUGGCCUUUUAAGGUCAUUGGAGGUCCUUCUGACAAGCCAAUGAUUGUCGUCGCAUACAAGGGUGUAGAGAAACAAUUUGCUGCUGAAGAAAUCUCAUCUAUGAUUCUUGUGAAAAUGCGGGAGAUUGCUGAGGCUUACCUUGGUUCAACUGUGAAAAAUUCAGUUAUCACAGUCCCUGCUUACUUUACCGACUCACAGCGACAGGCUACGAAAGAGGCAGGUGCUAGUGCUGGCCUAAAUGUGAUGCGCAUCAUCAAUGAGCCAACUGCUGCAGCCAUUGCUUAUGGGCUUGACUGGAAGGCCGGUUGGUAUAGCAAGAGAAAUGUGAUGAUAUUUGAUUUGGGGGGGGGAACCUUGGAUGUUUCGCUACUUACCAUAGCUGACAGUGUCUUUGAAGUGAAGGCCACCGCUGGAGACACUCAUCUUGGAGGUGAAGAUUUCGAUAACAGAAUGGUCAACCACUGUGCUGAGCAAUUCAAGAGGAAGUAUAACGUGGACGUUGGUGGAAACUUCAAGGCUCUUAGGAGGUUAAAAAAUGCAUGUGAGAAGGCAAAGAGGAGGCUUUCAUUUAUGUCCGAGACUGACAUUGACAUUGACUGUUUGCAUCAGGGUGUUGAUUUUUGUUUAACUAUUACCCGUGCUAAAUUUGAGCAACUCAACAUGGAUUUCUUCAGCAAGUGCAUGGAGCCUGUGAAGAAGUGUCUGGAAGAUGCUAACAUGGACAUAAGCAGCGUCCAUGAUGUUGUUCUUGCUGGUGGCUCUUCUAGAAUUCCCAAGGUGCAGCAGCUUUUGCAGGACGUUUUCAAGGGAAAGGAGCUUUGCAAGGGCAUCAAUCCGGAUGAGGCAGUGGCCUAUGGUGCCGCUGUUCAAGCUACUGUCUUGAGUGGUGGCAAUCUAACUGGAAAGCUUGGGGACUUCGCACUGGUGGAUGUCACCCCUCUCUCACUUGGGGUGGAGGCUUAUUGUGAACUUCAAGAAGAUAUCAUGAUGUCAGUUGUGAUUCCAAGAAACACUAGAAUACCUGUCAAAAUAAUCAAAAAAGGUUUUUCUACGCGCUUUGACAACCAACAGAAUGUUAGGUGUCCCGUUUAUGAGGGUGAGAGUAGAAUGGCAAGAGAUAAUAACCAUUUGGGAGAAUUUGAACUCAAUGACAUUCCUCCAGCUCCCAGGCAUGUUCCUAAAUUUGAUGUUUGCUUUGAGAUUGAUGAAAAUGGCAUCCUGCAUGUCUCUGCUGAGGAUACGUCCACCGGCCAAAAGAAGGGUCUCACAUUCAACUGUGACAGAAGAACUUGUGAAGGAAUCGAGGCAGUGAUUUAAAAGUCAGUUGACUUUAAUUAGGACUGGUCUUUACUUGAAUUAUGGCUAAAUCAGACAUGAAUAGAACAUUGGAUUCCAGGGGAAACAUAAUUUCUAUGACGAUGUUCUCUAUUUACUC